GCGGUGGCUGGAGUUACAGUGGCGGCCAUGAAUGGUCUCUGUUUCCUUGCAGAAUCCUCUGAAUCAUUGGCAUAUAAGUACUUCAUGAAUUUACGGAUGGCACUCCAUGUACGUGAAUUUCCCCUUCACGACUUUCUGACUGUUUCUUCCUCGCCAAAACUCUGAAGCUCCAUUAAUGGAUAAAGAAGCUUUCUGACCGUGUCUUCCAUUAAUGGAUAAAGAAGCUUUACAAAUAUCUCCUGGGUCAACUAAGUAUUGGAUCCCGGAAUGUGAUGAAUCAUUUAAACCAAAGCUUGGCAUGGUAUUCAAAACCCUUGAGGAUGGUAUUGAGUUUUAUAAGCAGUAUGCAGCUUGUUGUGGCUUCGAUUCUCGUAUUGGUUCUCAAACUAAGGAUCGCCGGCCGAGGACGGAAACCAUUGUGUGGAAAUAUGUUGUGUGCAAUAGAAUCCUCCAGAAACUAGUCAUGUUAUGCCUUUUAGUGUUGUUAGUGAUGAACACACUGAAUGUUCAAAUAAUGAUGCAGAGGCUCACGUUUUUCCAGAGCAACCAGAAUCCUCCCAUGCUAUUCCCAACACCGAGAAAAAAAACAGAGGCGUCGCCGUGUAUCAAACCGUGUUGGCUGUAAAGCACACAUAAGAUUAAGACUCGGUGGUCUUAAGGGAUAUGUUAUUACGUUAUUUGAAGAGCGCCACAAUCAUCCUAUGUCGUCUUUUGAUGCUAGACCGUUUCUUAAAGUAAAUAGGAAGCUUGAUCUUGGUCAUCAGAAGUUUGUUCUCAAUUGUGCAAAGGCAAAUAUAGGAACUAUGAAAUCAUACCGACUGUACAAGGAAACUGUUGGAGGAUAUUGCAAUAUUGGUGCAACGGCGGUUGAUUUCAAGAACUUUAAGCGAGAUUUGAAGACAUAUAUUUCCGGCGUGGAUGCUCAAAUGCUAAUUGAUAAGCUUUUUCGGAAGCAAGAAACUUGUUCAACAUAUAUUUUUGAGUAUGACGUUGAUGAGAGUGAUCAAUUGACACGUCUUUUUUGGGUUGACCCAAUCUGCAGAAAGAAUUACGCCUUUUUUGGAGAUGUGCUUUCUUUCGAUGCUACAUAUGGAACUAACAGAUACAAUAUGGUUUUUGCACCUUUCACCGGUGUCGACAAUCACAAAAAAUGUGUCACAUUUGGUGUCGGUCUUCUAUUUAAAGAAGACGUUGAAUCAUAUGUUUGGUUGUUCCGUUGUUUUCUAAAUGCAAUGGGACACGCACCUAAGUGUAUCGUUACUGAUCAAGACCCGUGUAUGAAGAUUGAAAUUGAAAAAGUUUUUCCCAAUUCUCGUCACCGUUACUGCAUGUGGCACAUAAUGUCUAAACUCACCGAGAAGGUUGGUCCUACUCUUAGUAGUAAUGAAGAAUUUUUGUCCAAACUAAAUUCUGUAGUUUGGAGUAACUAUCUUUCACCUGAAGAUUUUGAAAAGGAGUGGAUGCAAGUCAUUGUGGAAUAUGAUUUAGUGAGCCACACAUGGUUAUCUCACAUGUUUUCCAUUCGACGCUAUUGGAUCCCGGGUUUUUUUAGGGAUUUAUUCAUGGCCGGUUUACUUAGGACCACAUCGCGAUCUGAAAGUGAAAAUAAUUUUUUUGGUGAGUUUACUAACCCCAACUUUAGCCUUAUUGAGUUUUUCAUGCACUUUGAAAGUGCAAUGGAUGCUCAACGACACAAGAAUUCCAAAUUGAACCAUGUUUCUGAGUCUUGCACACCUGUCCACAGUACACCGCUACCUAUUGAAAAGCAUGCAUCAUCUAUAUACACUGUCUCAAUUUUCUAUGAAAUUCAGAAGGAGAUAUGCUAAGCAUGUUUCUCAUGUUCGGUUUUAAGCGUCCAAGAAGUCAAUGGCGUGCGUGAAUAUGCUAUUAAUGAUGAGCGCGGUAUGAUUUUCAAUGUUGUUCAUUCUUUAACCGCAUCUACUACAACAUGUAGUUGCAAAGACUUUGAUCGAGUUGGGUUGGUUUGUAGACACAUGUUUGUUGUUUUUAAAGACCUCAAGUUGCACACCAUUCAUGCUGAAUUUGUUCUUAGUCGUUGGUGUAAAAACAGUAUCACUAAACCCAUGUUCGAUAUUGGCAAUAGCGUAUUUGACCAAUGCGUGACCAAUGAGGAGAGAAAGUUACAUGUAAAUCGAUUAUGGUCUGACAUUCAUUGUUGUGUUGCUCUUAUCGAGGAUAAACCGGUUUUGUUUGAACAGUUUGCACAAGUAAUUAAGGAGCAGAAGAGUAUUCUGCUCUCAUCAGAGAAUGAAAGUGCACACGUAACCAGGAAGACUUCUGUGAUUCAGCAAUUUUGUGGUUCAGCAGCUCCCUCAGAGGUCACGGUACUUCCGCCGCAACAAGCUAGGAACAAGGGUUGUGGGAAGCGAUUAAAAGGUGGUAAAGAAGUGGCAAUACAAUCAAAGAAGAAGUUAAGGUUGUGUAGAACUUGUAACGAGAUGUGUCACCAUGAUAGCCGCAACUGCCCCAUGAAUAAAUCUGCUUGAAAUGUUUUAGUUAAUUAUUUUUCUUUAUUAUUUAUUUGUAAAACUUCACGCUUCUACUUUAAUGUCUUUUGUUGCCUUUUUUAGUAAUUUUUGUUAUUGUUAGCCUUUACGUGUAGACUACGUUUUUCUUGUAGUCAUUAUAUUUUUA